AUGAAGCUCCUGGUGGUUCUCUUCACCUUAUUUCUGCUUUGUGCCGUUCAUGCGUUGGUUAUCAUCGACUCGGCACUCGCAUCUUCAUGUCUCUACUACAUGAAAGGCUUCGAUUGGGGAUGUGGAGGAACGGGCCAAAGCCACCACAUGUACAAAUGUCGGUGUGCUAAUAUUGACUGGUUGGGGUCUGUGGGUAAUUGUAUUGCCACACAGGGCACCAAUGCUGGUGAGAUCUCUCAUGCUUUUGCUCAUGCUGCCUUGAGAUGUAAGCAGAGAGGUAACAAAGACUACGUUGGUAGUGAUAUCCGUCAAUGGGCCGAGAAUGCCACGGCUUACUUGCAAAUGCCCACUGCCAAUGACACAAAGGUCCAGGUGUACCAUCCAUUAGCUGUCAACGAGACAGACUUUGCUAUCUAUGAGAGGUCUUUCAGACAGAUCAACCAUCAUGUGUUCAAGACCCAGUGGUUCGGCUGGGGUCUAGUGUUUUUCUGGGCUGCUCUUCUUGCUGUUCACACGGUAUUUAACUUCAUGUGGAGACUUUUCCGUAUCAACAUCUUUGGAGCCACACUCUACCAGAUUCACCAAAAGUAUCUCUCACCCAAAACUGCCUUCUUCGGGUUGUCCAGAUGGAACAUAGUCAUAUUCUCGCUUUUUACCAUCCAGACGGUGUUGGUGUCGGCACUCUCAUACACAGUGGAGCUGCCCAACGUCUACAUCAAAGACCCCUACCUUCUUAAGUUGGACUUGAUUGGCUAUCGAACUGGUAUCAUCUCGUUUUCGCUUAUGCCUUUGACCUUUAUCUUCGGCAUCCGGAACAACCCAUUCUGCUGGCUCACGGGGCUUCCACAUUCCGAAUUUAUCAUCUAUCACAAGGUCGCUGCUAUCUUCAUGUCGAUUGAGGCUAUGAUUCACUCGGCUGUAUGGACUCACUAUGCCUUUAUUGCUGGUCCAUACACUGUGUGGUCUGUCGAUGCCUACUGGAAAUGGGGAGUGGUCGGAACUAUUUUGGCAUUCUUGAUCUUGUUCCAAAGUUUUAGAUUUAUUCGAACCUUGAUGUACGAGACGUUUUUGGUGGUGCAUAAGUUGUUUGGCUGGCUCUUCAUCGUAUCCAUGUGGUACCACUGUAACAUCCUCGGAUGGAUGGGCUGGGUUUACUCGUUGAUUGCACUUACCGCCUAUGACCGACUUGUUCGUUUUUUUAAGAUUUUCGUUGUCAACCGUGGCUUUACUGAUAUCAUUGUGACGGUUGUUGACGAAAAGGUGUUGAGAAUUUCCAUCCCAAAGCCCAUGGCUUAUGAUGUUGCGUACCGUCCUGGUAGCCACGUAUACUUGAGCUUCUUUCACUGGCCCAUUUGGUACCAAUGCUUCCAAUCGCAUCCAUUCACGGUUAUAUCGUCACCCGUGGUGUCCAGUAAAGUUCUCACUAUCUAUGUUCGUGUUAAGAAGGGCACUACAGCUAAACUUGCCAAGUUAAGGACUAAUGAAAAGGGAUACUUGUCCAUGUGGGCACUUAUCGAUGGACCUUAUGGAGAAGGAGCUGUUUCGUAUAGAGAAACGGAUUCAGUUGUGGGAAUCGCUGGAGGAAUGGGAGUUUGUGGUAUUUUGCCUAGUCUCUACAAUGCCCCAGCCAAUUCGAAACUCUACUGGGUGAUCAACAGCGCUAACGAUGUUGUUGUUCUCUCCAGAGAUAUCGACUAUUUGAUUUCUAGAGGAAUGGAUGUUAAGGUGCUUCUUACAAGCGUUGAUGAGACAGACGACACUCUUCUGCUUGUGAAGUCACACCCUUACAUCAGUGUCGAAGGCACAAGGCCGGCUAUGGCCGAUUUGGUUGCAGACGCUGUGGAAUUUGGAAAGAAGGUGUCUGCAACAGAUUUGUUCAUCGUCUCGUGUGGUGCUGGCAGUAUGGAUACCGAGAUUGGAAACAGCAUUUCCAAGAAGGUGGAGGUUGGUCAGAAGAUGGCCAUUCACCAUCAACUGGAGUCAUUUACAUGGUAA